AUGUUCUCUACGAUUAAACACUUUCUCUACCGUCAUAGAAGGAAAUUUGUAGUAACAGGUGCAGUGUUCGGUUCCUUAUAUUUAUUACUGGGCUAUGCACAAAAAAGACUGAGGGAAUGGCAAGAGAAGGAAGCAAAAAAGUUCUUUGACAUGACCCGUAAAAAACAGCAUUUUGAAAGCACAGAGAGGACAUGUAAUCAAACUAUACUUUCAUUGUCUAAAAUAGUUUCAGAAAGCAUUGUUGGUAUCAUUGACACUGAAGUUAUAGUUCAGAAACUGAAUAACAAACCCGAAAACAAAAAAACAUUAUGGGAGGAGCUCAAGAUAAUGAUUUUCACAAGAAUUUGUGUCCUUGUAUAUGCUCUAUCCAUAUUAAAUGUCACUCUUAGAGUACAAUUAAAUGUUAUAGGGGGCUAUCUUUAUAAAGAUUCUGUGCAAGAAGAAGAACCUCUUAUAGAUAGUGAAUUACAAGCAAAAUACUUAUCUUUAUGUCACCAUUUUGUUGGAUCUGGUGUUGAAGACUUAGUCCAACAAAUAGAAAAGGCUGUCAAAAAAGUUGUAGAAUCCAUCCCUUUGACUAAAAAAAUAACCCUACAAGAAGUAGAGCAAGUGUUUUGGUCUGUGCAAACUAUACUGUGCACAGAUACCAAUGGCGAUCCUGUGAAGAAGAUGGUUCAUUACUUGGUCGACCACACAGUCAUUAAUGAAGCUAAGUUUGACACUAUUGUUAAGGAAACAAUGGAUAUCUUGGAAAGUGAUGAAGUCAUUUCAGUUGCUAUGUCAACUGUCAGCAGGAGUUUCUCAUCCGUGGUAGACGAAGUUGCGAAUAUAUUCUCCUCAAAAUGGAUUCCAACAAAGAAGAAUCAUUUGGAAGUCUUGGAGAAUCACGUGGUUACUAAUGGAGCACUUAAAUUGGACUGUUCAGAACCAUUUGUGGAUGUGAAUAAAAUUGAAAUGAGUUUUGUGUUGUUAUUGGCACAUAUGAAUAAACUUAUCACGGAAAAUAAUUGUAAAGGCAACAUAAACAUUCCAGAUUUAUUAACCCAACAGCUUACAUUGAAUGAAAAGUUAAAAAUAUUGGGUGCUAACAUUUACGAAGUUUUUAGCAGCCCGUAG